AUGCUCCGAACGGCACGGACAGCUUCGGCCACCUGGCGCUCGACGCCGGUGCCGACGGCAGCAACCAUCGCAAUGGCCCCGAGGUUGACGACGCUCCCGUCACCGACCAGCUUGCGGGCCUCUGCCCGCGGCCUUGCCCGUGUCGCGACCGGUCCUCGGAUCCCCGCCCUCUCUCGACCUGCCUCGACCAAGGUGUUCGCCAACCAAGCGGCUUCGGAAGCCAACGAGAUCGAGCAUGCCGUCAUCUCGACCUUUGACCUCUUCUCGGUCGGCAUCGGGCCUUCGUCGUCGCACACCGUCGGGCCGAUGCGGGCGGGCGUCAUCUUCGUCUCGGACCUGUACGACCUCGGCCUGCUGUCCAAGGUCAACACCAUCAAGAUCGCCGUCUACGGCAGCCUGGCGCUCACGGGCGCGGGACACGCAACGCCAGAAGCCCUGCUGAGCGGGCUCGAGGGUGACGACUGCGAGACCGUCGACCCGCCCUCGGUGCCGGCCCGCUUCGCAGAGAUCAAGUCGACCAAGAAGCUCUUUCUCGGCAAGCACCUCGCCCGCACGCUCAAGAGGAGCGCCGAAGCGACGUCCAUCGACGGCAAGGAGAUCGCCUUCGACUACCAGAGGGACUUUAAGUGGAACUUUGGCCAGGUCCUUCCGCACCACCCCAACGGGCUGCGCCUCAGCGUCUUUGACGAGGCCGGAGAGAUGCUGGCGACGAAUGACUACUACUCGGUGGGCGGCGGCUUCGUCGUGAAUGGAGCACUGGCGACACCGCCAGCCAAGUCCUCGUCCGACGACGCACCGUCGACUGCCGAGAGCUUUGCCUCGCUCGAAGCCAUGAAGACCGACACAGAGGAGGUGUCGGCCCGUCCGAUCGACUUUGGAGAGAACGUCUUCUACAAGCAGCUGCGGCGCCAGGACGCAGAGGACGUCCGCCGCUCGGGGUCCUCGACGCACGACGGCCUGCUGCCGCAAGUCGAGGCGCCGUCGGCGUCGUUGCCAGGUGCGGCUGGCGGGUCCGAGGUCGCGGUUCGCGCGUCGGAGCAACCGGCCGAGGUCAACAGGACUGCCUCGAAGCCGGCCAAUGGGCCGCUCUUCCCCUUCCACAACGCAGCGAGCUUGCUUAGGCAGUGCAAGACGAGGAACCUCACCAUCGCCCAGAUCGUCUACGAGAACGAGCUGACGUGGAACCCGCCCGAAGUUGUGACCGAAAAGCUUUUCCGCAUCUGGUCGGUGAUGGACGCCUGCAUCCGAGCGGGCGUCGAGAGCACCGAAAAGGUGCUGCCGGGACCGCUGGCUGUGCGCAGGAGGGCUCCCGCGCUCUACUCGAGGCUGAUGCGGGGAGUCUACCGCGGCAGCGCUCUGCCAGCAGGAGGAGGCGAUGCUACGAACAGCGGUGCACUGGGAUCCGGAGGCGCAGGAGCGACAGGCGGUCCGGGCUCGUCUUCGUCGGAUCUCGUCGACCUUACCCAGUCUCUGCAGCUGUCGUCCCAGGGGCCCAAGCGGAUCAUUGGCUCGAUGAACCACCCCGUGAUGCCCUGCCCUCCGAAGCGUGCCAACUUUGCCGCCAUCGACUACCUGAGUUGCUACGCCAUCGCCACCAACGAGCAGAACGCUGCCGGCGGCAGGAUCGUCACAGCUCCCACCAACGGUGCGGCGGGCGUGCUGCCGGCGGUGCUCAAGUACUGCUUCGAGUUCAUCUUUGACGAUGACCCGGGCAGGGAUGUCCAGAACUUCCUCCUGACCGCGGCGGCCAUCGGUAUGCUCUUCAAGCGCGGCGCCACGCUCUCUGCGGCCGAAGGCGGUUGCAUGGCCGAGGUUGGCGUGGCGACCGCCAUGGCCGCGGCCGGCUUUGUGGCGGUCCUCGGAGGCAGCCCCGAGAAGAUCCUGCAGGCGAGCGGCAUCUCUUGCGAACACCACCUGGGCCUCACCUGCGACCCAUUCGGAGGUCAAGUCCAGGUGCCGUGCAUCGAGAGGAACGCGCUGGGCGCGGUCAAGGCGGUGACGGCAGCACAGCUGGCGCUGGCGGGAGAUGGGCAGCACUCUGUCAGCCUCGACGAUGCGAUCACGGCGAUGCGGGAGACGGCCAAGGAUAUGCACACCAACUACAAGGAGACGUCGCUGGGCGGGCUGGCCGUCGCCGUCCGCAUCCCCGUCACGGUGCCCGAUUGCUAG